AUGGCCGCUCAAUUCGUCUGGAUCAACGGCCUCCCCGGCGUCGGCAAGCUCACCGUCGCACGCGCCCUUUGCGCGCUCCUCCCCUCUGCUCAGCUCAUCGACAACCACUCUCUCAUCGACCAGGUCUCACUGCCUCGUACCCACGCCUCCUAUAACGCCGAGCGAGCGCGCAUCCGCGACGCCGCCUACUCUUCCGCCGUGUAUCCUCGCGACGACGACGACGCACAGCUAGCGCGGGUCGUCAUCUUUACCGACUUCUUCACCGCGGGCACAACAGGCACAGAGUGGGCGUGGGCGCACCACGCUGCGGCGGCGCGUGCGGGACGCCCGUUUUUGCCCGUGUACUUGACGUGCGAGCGCGGCGAGAACCUGCGGCGGGUGGUGCGGCCGGAGCGCGGCGCGGCGGGCAGCAGCAAGCUCACCGACGCGGCGCUGGUGGAGAGCUUCAUGGACGAUUCGCAAAUCUACCGGUUUCCGGGGCUAGGCGUGGAAAUCGACACGACGGCGCGGGAGCCGGAGGAGACGGCGCGGCUGAUACUCGAUGCGAUGCGGGCGCAGGUAGAAGAGUCGCGCGUAUGA